UUCGAGGUCUCCAGGCCCAAGACGGGAAUUACUCUAUGUUCCUGGGUAUACCAUAUGCGAGAGUUGAUCCGGACAAUGUUUUUGGUACUCCUAUGCCGGUUAGAUUUGAAGACAUAUUUGAAGCAGUCGACGACACCGCAAUAUGUCCUCAAGAAGAAGAAUUUAACAAAACAAUUACUGGGAAACUUGACUGCCUUCACAUCAACGUUUAUAUACCGGACAGGGCCAGUAUUGAUAGUCCCUUACCUGUGAUGAUCCAAAUAUUUGGAGUUGAAUUCCAAUUCGGAUUUGCAGGCAGAUACGUAUAUGGACCACGCUUCUUGGUCAGACAUGACGUAAUUUUCAUUACAUUCAACUAUCGCCUUGGCCCUUAUGGAUUUUUUUGUCUAAACAAUUCUAAAGUACCAGGGAAUCAGGGUUUAAAAGAUCAAGUGCUAGCGCUACGCUGGAUUAAAGAAAAUAUACGAUAUUUUGGCGGAGACGAAUCCAAUAUCACUAUUCUGGGAAACAGUGCAGGUUCAAUGUCUCUGGAUUUGCAUCAGAACUUUCUAAAAGAACCACUAUAUAACAGAGUGAUUUUACAAAGCGGCGUUUCAUUAACGAAUGGAGUAAUUAAACGCCCUGAUCCAGAGGCUCCUUUGAAAUUAGCAAAGCAAUUGAAUUAUACAACAAAUGAUAUUACUGUCGCUUUAUCAUUUUUGAACAAAGUUGAGCCACAUGAACUUAUUGCUGCAACAAGGGACUCUGGUGUGUUUGUUGGACCGUGUGUCGAAAAUAAAUUUAAGAAUGUUUAUAACUAUAUAACGAAGCAUCCAGCUAAUAUAAACAAUGUCAGAGAUGUCGAUGUUUUAAUUGGUUUUACUAAUGACGAAGGCUACGACGGAGUCACUGUGAUGAAAAAAGAGGAAUUCGAAAGUAUAGACUUCGUGUCUGAUAUUUUAGAAGCUUAUUAUGAUUUUUAAAAUGAAAGUAAACUUUCAGAUGAAAUAAAACGAAUCGUGCGACUGUUUUAUUAUGGUAGUAAUUU